AUGAACCGAUUGCUGCUAGAACGUCUAGGUUGGAUAAUCUUUGGACCGUUGUCGACAGCUGCUCCAGCGGUAUCAGACUCUCCGGCGUGUAAUAACCUCCAUAUAUGCGCGUGCUGUGAGCGAAAGGAUGCGGAACUACAUAACACGGUAAAAGCAUAUUUUUCGUUAGACAGUCUCGGAGUUGCGCGCUUUACCAAGCCACUUUUAUCAAAAAACGAUGAUCGAGCGGUACGUUUGCUGGAAUCGUCGACCCAGGUGAAAGGUAGGCGAUAUGAAACCGGAUUACUCUGGCGUUACGACAAUGCUCAACUACCGGACAGUAAACCAAUGGCAAUGAAGCGGUUGGUGUGCUUAGAGAACCGUAUGCAAAGAGAACCCGAACUGCCACGAAUUUUGAAGGAGAAGAUCAACCUUUAUCAGCGAAACGGAUACAUCGAGAAGUUGACAAAGACUCAACUGUUACGGGUUGCUGUUACGGGUGAUAUCCGCGAGAUGUUCCACCAGGUGUUGGUGAACAGAACCGACCAGCAAUGCCAAAGAUUCCUGUGGCGCGAUGGCGAUCAAUCCCGAAGUCCAGAUGUCUACGCGAUGAAAGUUAUGACAUUCGGGGCGACGUGCUCACCUAGUUGUGCGCAGUUCGUUAAAAACCAUAACGCACUACGAUACCAAUCCCGCUUUCCAAGAGCAGCCGAGGCUAUACUGAAAGAGCAUUAUGUUGACGAUAUGCUUUCUAGUGAGGAGUCGGAAGAGGCGGCGGUGAAGCUAGCAAAAGACGUCCGUUUUAUCCACUCACAGGCUGGAUUAGAAAUACGUAAUUGGCUGUCGAACUCAAAGCGAGUACUUCAAGAAUUGGAGGCGAAGUCGGGCGAAAAAAGCUUGAAUCUGUCGAGCGAGUUGGGGACGGAGAAAGUUCUUGGUAUGUGGUGGUGCACCGCUUCCGAUACUUUUACUUUCAAAGUUUCUCCGAGGAUAAGUGCAGAUUUACUACAAGGCCGCGUCAUACCGACAAAGCGUCAGAUUUUGAGCACCCUGAUGAUGGUGUACGAUCCGCUUGGAUUACUGGCAAAUUUCCUGAUGUUCUUGAAAAUCUUGCUUCAAGAGAUCUGGCGCAGUGGUGUUAAUUGGGACGAGCACAUCGCAAGUGAGCAAUGGGAGAAGUGGCAAAUGUGGCUAAGAGUUCUUCCUCACGUGGAGGAUGUACGAGUUCCAAGCUACAUAUAUUCGUCGAUGCGUCUGAAAACGGACGGAUUCGCAGCAGUUGCGUACCUACGCUUCGAAGAACAUGACACCAUUGAGUGCGCGAUAAUCGGGGCUAAGACCCGAGUGGCACCCCUGAGGUACGUGUCGAUUCCUAGGCUGGAACUUCAAGCGGCAGUAAACGGAGCCCAUUUGGCGAACGAUGUAAUGAAGUCGCACACAUUGAAACCUACUCAAAGAUUUUUUUGGACAGAUUCACGUGACGUGCUUUGCUGGAUAAAUUCGGACCACCGUAAAUAUAGCCAGUUCGUUGCAGUACGAGUCAGCGAAAUGCUGGAGUUGACCGAACCAACUGAAUGGAACUGGAUUCCGUCGAAACUAAACGUUGCUGAUGAUGCCACGAAGUGGCAAAGGUUGCCGGAUCUGUCUCCUAUAAGUCGCUGGUUAAGAGGUCCUGAAUAUCUGUGGGAUCAAAGGGUUGAAUGGCCCGUUACAGCUUUGAAUCACGGGCACACCGUCGAGGAAAUACGUCCAAACGUGCUCCAUCACGUCGAAGAGCGUACGCUGUUUCGAUGGGAGAAGUUCUCACAAUGGAAACGGCUUCUUCGCCAGGUAGCAUUUGUGAAACGGUUCCCAGCGAACGUUCGUAGGAAAAAAGCGAAGCAGAAUAUCGUUACUGGAGUGCUGACUCAAAAAGAGCUCAAGGAAGCAGAAAUUUUCAUCAUCAAACUGGUGCAGAAUGCUGUGUUCGCUCCUGAAAUAGAGUCACUGCACAAACCGAACAAGGUACCCUGGAAGAAAGCAUUACCGAAAAGUAGUCCGUUGUACAGGUUGAGUCCAUUCAUUUCCGAAGAUGGGAUUCUACGUAUGAAAGGCCGAAUAGACGCGUGCGAAUUUGUGGACGAGCGUAUCAAGCAUCCGGUACUGCUGCCCAAACGUCAUCCUGUUACAGACCUCAUUAUCGCUGAAAUUCACAAAAGAUAUUGUCAUAUCAACCAACAGACCGUGCUCAGUCAAAUUCAGCAUUCAUGCAUACUUGCCAUCAGGAAUUUUAUUGCCAGAAGAGGUACGCCCCUCGAAAUAGUGAGUGAUCGGGGAACUAACUUCGUUGGAGCCAGUCGCGAGCUAAAGCAAGAGCUAGAGAAACUGAAUCAGGAGAAGUCGAUGGAAUAUUUUGUCACUAGUGACACAAAAUGGACAUUCAACCCACCUGCAUCUCCACACUUCGGCGGAGCCUGGGAACGUCUCGUCCAGUCUGUUAAAAAAACCCUAAAGCACCUCCAAAUUUCGCGCACACCCACCGACGAGCUUCUACGAAACAUGAUGGCGGAGAACGAGCUAAUUGUAAAUUCUAGACCCUUGACCGAGCUACCGCUGGACGAUGAAACGUCAUCUCCACUCACACCGAACCAUUUCUUACUCGGAUCGUCAGACGGUUCUAAGCCCCCGAUCGCGUUCGACGAUAAGUGUCAUGCCCUGAAACACACCUGGAAGAAGUCCCAGAUCUACGCAAACCGGUUCUGGAAACGAUGGAUAGCAGAAUAUCUACCAACGUUGACGCGAAGGACGAAGUGGUUUCAGCCGGUGAAGCCUAUCGCUGAAGGAGAUAUUGUCAUCGUGGUGGAUGAGACGCUACCGAGAAACUGUUGGCCCAAAGGUCGGGUAGUGAAUGCAAUCCGGUCGAAGGAUGGACAGGUUCGUCGCACUCAGGUGCAGACAGCUAAUGGUAUCCUGGAGAGACCGGCCGUAAAACUUGCGGUGUUGGACCUUAGUGCAACCGUAAGUACGUCGGACCCUUGA